AUGGCGACACCCGCUGAGCAAACGCCGAAUGCUCCAGCGCCCAUCGUUCGCAAAUUCAAGGCUUCAGAUCUUCCCUUGACCACCGCUACGCGAACCGCCAUUGAAAACCUUGCUCAUAGUUUCAAGAAGCAGGGAGGCUACGAUGCAAUUCGGAAACAGGUCUGGGAUAAGUUUGAAGCAAGUGACUACGAAAAUCAGGUCACAAAAUCGAUUCUAGAAGUGGCUGAAAAGGAGCUAGAGCGCAAUCCGUCCCAGCUCCUUACACUCGACCGGCGGAAGGCUGCUGCCCUGAUCGACGGAGCACUCGACCGUUCCGGCGUCUACCAGAAGGCGGAAGAAGUCAUUGAUCAGCUCAUUGACGUGCAAGCCAUCGAGGAUCGCAUCCGGGAGCUGCGAAAAGCUGACAUUGGCCAUGACUCUGCUCUCGCCGAACAGGAGAAGGGCGCCAAGACAGAUGUUGAAUAUGCGCAGGAUACCGCGGCUCGCUUGCAAGAGCGGGAACACAUCCGACGUAUUCUCAAGGAAAAGGAGGAGCAGAUUCAGGAAGAGAAGCGAAAGAUCGAACGCGAAGAGCAGAGACAACGUGAGCGUGAGGCCGAGAAGGCUGAAGCAAAACGACAGGAGGAGCGGGAUGCCAGAAGACGUGAACGUGAAGCAAAGGAGGCUGAGCGCGAGGUUCUGCGCCAGAAAGAGCGGGACGAACGCCGAGCUGCCCGGGAGAAGGAACGCGACGAACGUGAGAAAGAUAGAGAGGCUAGAAGAAUCUCUCGCGAUCGACGUCGAGAACGCCGCUCCAAAUCCAGGUCAAGGGACAGAUCACGACGCCGUGACAGGGAACGUGAUCGCGAUCGAAGCCGUAGCCGCAGGCGGGAUAGCCGUGAGAGAAGACGACGAGGCCGCUCAAGGGAGGAUCGGGAGAGACACAGGCCGGAAGAAGUCAAGAAGAAUCUUUCCAAGGAGGAACUCGAGAGGCUCGAACGCGCGGCUUUGGCGGAUCUGUUACGUGAGAGCAAACGGACUACAGAACCGCAACCUGAAAUGGAAAUCGACGAGGCUCUCGCACCGCCUCCUAAGAAGACGAAGCCAGCAUCCGCCAUUCAGCCUAUUCGCCGCGACUCACCAAAAACGGUGCCAGAUGGGAAGAAAAUGCCACAGCUUACCAAGGCAAAUUCCAAAGAUACGGCCAAGGAGACCAAAGAGCCCAAGGAAUCUAAGGAUAACAAAGAUUCCAAAGCACCAGCGAAAGAGAAUAAGGAUUCCAAGGACACGAAGGCAUCGAAAGAGAGCAGUACAUCCAAGGACGCCCAAAAAGCUCCUAAGACAGUCGGCUCAGGAGAAGAGCGGCGUGGUAGUGUGGCGAUAUCCAGUCGAGAUACUCGAGAGCCUCGCGACACUAGGGAGCGAUCUCGUGGAGUAGAUGAUGAUCGUCGAGAUCGUGAUCGGGAUCGGGAUCGCCGCAAGGAGCCAAGUCCUUCCCGAGCCGGAGACCGAAGAGAUAGGAGUAGAUCUAGACGCAGAGAACGCACUCGCUCUCCUCCGCGCCGCUUCGCCUACGAGAACAACUAUCGGCCUGGGGAAGAGCGCAACAGGGAUCGAAGCCGUUCUCGUCGCCGUGAUGAUCGAGAUAAACGGGAGAAGAGUCGCUCCAGGGAUAGAAGGCAAAGAAGCCGAUCUCGUCGCAGAGAACCCAGCAAAUCACGGGCUCGUGAUGACCGGGAAAGGCGUGAUCGACCGGAGCGUCCUGAAAGAUCCCGUUCUCCACGCGAUCGUACUGAAAGAAAGGACAGAAGUCGGUCUCGUCUACGUACUGAGCGCCGGGAGCGCAGCCGCUCUCCUAAGCGGGUACGUAGCAAGGAACGGGAGAAAUCUCGCGACCGUACUCGCGACCGCCGCAGCAAAUCACGUUCUCGUCCUCCGACCGCCACCAAACAGCCAGAUGUCGAGGUGUGGAAGGUCGGCGAGAUCAAGAAGCGUGAGCAAGAAGCCAAAGCCUAUUUAGCCGCACAACGCGAAGCCCGUCAAAAAGGCUUGCCAGUUCCCGGUCUUGACGAUAGGCGUGACGAAAGGCGUGACGAACGACGUGACGAACGACGUGACGAACGGCGCGACGAACGACGUGACGACAGGCGGGACGACAGACGGGACGACAGACGCAGUGAGAAGCGUAGUGAGAGUGUACGAUCUCCCGAGGCCAAACGCUCCGGUCCUCAAGUGGGAGAUGAUAUCGACCGGUACCGACCGGGAGAUGACCGGCGCAAAAAUCGUGAUACAGAGCGCGCAGACACUGACCGAGACCGAGACAAGGAUCGAGAACGUGAACGUCGUACGAGUAUUCGCGAUGCAAGUGUUCGCGGGGCGACUGUUCGCGAUGCGAGUGUUCGUGAUGUGAGGGACGACCGCCGCGACAGAGAUCAGGACCGUGUCAGAGAUGAUCAUCGGGAUCGUGACAAGGAUCGGGACAGAGACGACAGACGUGAGAGACGACGUAGCAGAAGCAGAAGCCGCAGUCGCCGCCGUGAGCGCGAAAGAAGCCGAGACCGUGAUCGAGAUAGAAGGACCAGACGGGAGCGCAGUGUCGACAUGAGGCGGGACAGAAGAGACCGCAGUCGUAGUCGAAGACGAAGUAGAAGUCCGCGCUAG